AUGUCAAAACUGGAAUGGAAAAACAAAACAGUUGUUACAGAGUUUAUUCUCCUUGGAUUUGGAAAUGGCCCUGAGCUGGAUUAUCUUCUCUUCCUAAUGUUUCUGAUGACCUAUAUUAUGACGAUAACAUGGAACACCUUCAUCAUUGCGCUGGUGGUGGCUGAUCAGUCUCUUCACAUCCCAAUGUACUUCUUCCUGGGCAAUUUGGCUUGCUUGGAUAUCUGCUACAGCUCAAACAUCUUGCCAAGGAUGUUGCUCAGUUAUCUGAGUGGAGACAGAAGUAUAUCAGUUGCCAAGUGUUUUACACAGUACUAUUUCUUUGGUUGCUUGGCAGCUGCAGAAUGUUAUCUUCUAGCAGUGAUGUCUUACGAUAGGUACCUAGCAGUGUGCAAACCCUUGCACUAUUUAUUCCUUAUGAACCACAAGCUCUGUCUCCAGCUAGGUGCUGCAUCUUGGAUAAGUGGUUUUCUGUCUAAUUCUAUAUUAACAUUUCUGAUCUCAGACUUAGAUUUCUGUGGCCCUAAUGAAAUCGAGCAUUUCUUCUGUGACUCCUUUCCAAUGAUGAAACUAUCCUGCAGUGACACUCACGUGGUGGGACUUGUCACUUCUUUUGUGGCAGGUGUAUGCUCCCUGCCUCCAUUUCUCUUGACCUUCUCAUCCUAUCUCUACAUCGUUAUCACAAUCAUGAGAAUUCCGUCUUCCACUGGAAGGAAAAAAGCCUUUUCCACCUGUUCUUCACAUCUUAUUGUGGUGUUACUUUUUUACUGGACAAUAUUAGCUGUCUAUGUCCUUCCUCAUCAUGGUAUUCAAAUAUCUCUAUACAAAGUCUUCUCUAUUUCUUAUACUAUUCUCACUCCCCUUGUCAAUCCUCUUAUCUAUAGCCUGAGAAACGAAGAAGUAAAGAAAACUCUGAAAAAAAAGUACAUUGCUGGGUUUCAGAUAGUUGCUUUGUACUUUAACAAUAAAAUGAAAUAG